CUGUUUGGGGAUUAGCCAGCUGCACAGCCAGUGGGGAGGGGCUCUGCAUUCCUGCUCUGCACCUCUGUUUGUGUGCUGAGGGAGUGAGGGGCCCUCUGAGCUAAUUGGCAGAGAGAGUCACAAAGGUGGCUGGCUUCAAAAGAGAAACCCUGGUGAGAUGCUCACAAACUAUAUUAGAAGAAGGAAGGAGGACGAGAUGCCUUCUUUUUUGGACUCUUUUUCUAUCUGGAGCUGGGAAGUUGAUGGCAGCUGCUAAUUUUUACUAACAUGUUUUCUGGUGCUUUUUGGAAAACAUCAGUUUGAGGCACAGAGGAAACUGAACGUGGGAGGAAGAUGAGUUAUGUGAAACUGGAGGAGAGCAUCAUGUCAUAUUUAUCUCAGAGUGAGACGCACACCUGCCCCACAGACUUGAAUGUGGUGGCCAUCCUCCAUGACUUCUGGGAGCAGAAGCAGGCGGCUCAGCUAAACGAUUCUUCUUCCAGUGAAUCAGACAGUUUUUGUGGGAAGAGCCAGACAGAAAGCCUGCUGUCAUACGAGUCUGCUCCCUCUCCUGGUCCAGCGUACGUCUGCUAUGUCACACUUCCUGGAGGAAGUUGCUUUGGCAACUACAAGGUGUGUGACUCUCAAGCGGAGGCUCGCAGGGACGCGGCCCGUGUGGCUCUGAUGAACACGCUUGUGAAUGAGCUGCCGUGUCGACGAAUCAGUCCUGAGUUUAUUGCACAGAGUUUGACUCAAGCAGCUGAAGAGAGUGCUGUCUCUUUGGAUGAUGCGUGUGAUUCAAGCACCAGUAUAGGGACCUACAGUCUGCUGCUCCGUUCCUACAUGGGGAGGACCAUGCUGGAGUUCCAGGAGAUGAUGACAGUUUUCCAACUGUUGCAAUGGAAUGGGACCCUGAAGGCUCUGAGGGAAAGAAAGUGCUCUCGACAGAGUGUGAUAUCUUAUUACUCUCAGCGAGGACUUGAUGAGUACAUGCGUAGCAGCAUGGCUCUCGACUGGCUUGGACAGGAGCAGAGGUCACCGGGGAUUCUUGGAGCCGAGCUGAAAGUGGCGCAGAGGGAGUUGGUGCUGGCCCGACGGCGAGGCGUAGAGCUACGCUUCCAUAAAGAAAAAACAGAGAUCCUUAGCUUAGCUCUGAGCCAAGCAUGCGUUCACCACACACCUGAUCUCUUCGGCCGGUCAUCAAGUGACACAUCCCACCAGGAGCAACUUCCCUUGCACAUUUUAUACAAGCAGGAUUCAAACGUAAACAUAUCCCCACCCUGUGGUCUUUUACCUACUCAUAACAGCACAAUGCAGAUUUCUAGUACAGACUUUCACUGUGACACCCAGUCAGCUUGUUCUCAGCAGAUUUAUGCUCCUUUAAAUUAUUCUGAAUAAACUGAAUGAGAAGGUAAAGGCAUUACAAUCAGUUUAAUAAGUGGUUAAAUGUAAGAUGAUACAAACAUAUUUAUGAUCCCUUUUCUUUUUCAUUUUUGAGUUUGCCAGUGGCAUAGAAACAAACAUGAUUCUUUGGAUAUUAAAAAAUUAAAGUAUGAACAGACAAACAUCAAAAUAAUUUUAUAAUUUUAUCACAUGUAAUGUUGCAACAAGAUUAGUUUAUGUUGAAACCCUAGUUGAAUAUUUUGUUUAAGAAAAUGCAAACUUUCUUUUAAGCUAUGUUUUAUUAUCAUGUUUACAUAGCCUGUGUGUCAAGCUCAAUAUGUCAUUGCUUUUCACAAAUUUCCUAAUCUACCCAACAGCACAUGCUGUUACUUACAUUGUUUCUGAAUGCACAGUAAAUCAAUUAUUUUACAAGGAACUUGAUGAACUAAUGGAAAGUUUUGUGUAUUUUUCUAUUGGAUGUGAAAAAGACUUAUGAGUGUUUGCAUUUAUCUGAUGUCAAAAGAGCAAUUUUAUAGAGAAAAAUAUAUACUUUUUUGUAUUAGCUUGUUUUGUAUAACACGUUGGUAAUAAAUAGAUCAACGAGGCAAAUAAAAUUAGAUUGCAUUGUG